UUUUUCUAGGGUUUCAAAAUUCCGAUCAAAUGGAGAGUGCAUUCGCAAACGCAUCUGCAAUCGGCGAUCAACGCCAGAAGAUCGAAGAAUACAAGCACAUUCUCUCAUCAGUAAUCGCUUCAAACGACAUUGUACAGGCCAGAAAGUUCAUCGAUCACAUUCUUUCGGACGAUGUUCCGUUGGUGGUUUCGAGACAGUUGCUGCAGACGUUUGCGCAAGAGUUAGGCCGGUUGGAGCCGGAGAAUCAGAAGGAGAUUGCUCAUUACACGCUUCAUCAGAUUCAGCCUCGUGUGGUAUCUUUUGAGGAACAGGUUCUUGUUAUACGUGAGAAGCUUGCAGAUUUGUACGAGUCUGAACAGCUAUGGUCAAAAGCAGCACAAAUGCUUAGUGGCAUUGAUCUCGACUCUGGAAUGAGAGUGAUUGAUGACAAAUUUAGGUUGACUAAAUGUGUGCAAAUUGCUCGGCUGUACUUGGAGGAUGACGAUGCUGUGAAUGCAGAGGCUUUUAUUAACAAAGCAUCAUUCAUGGUUAGCAACAGUCAACAUGAAGUAUUGAAUUUACAGUACAAGGUUUGUUACGCAAGGAUACUAGAUUUAAAAAGAAAGUUCUUGGAAGCUGCACUUCGUUAUUAUGACAUUUCACAAAUUGAGAAGCGACAAAUUGGAGACGAAGUGAUUGAUGAAGAUGCACUUGAGCAGGCCCUAGCUGCUGCUGUGACUUGCACUAUUUUGGCUGCUGCAGGACCACAGCGUUCUCGUGUUCUGGCAACUUUGUAUAAAGAUGAACGGUGUUCAAGGCUAAAGAUUUAUCCAAUUUUGCAAAAGGUGUACUUAGAGAGAAUCUUGAGGAAACCUGAGAUAGACACAUUCUCCGAAGAACUGAAAGCACAUCAGAAAGCGCUUUUACCUGACAAUUUUACUGUGCUUGAUCGUGCAAUGAUCGAACAUAAUCUCUUGAGUGCAAGCAAACUGUACACAAACAUAAGCUUUGAUGAGCUGGGCACACUGCUUGGGAUUGAGCCUCACAAGGCGGAAAAGAUUGCAUCAAGAAUGAUCUGUGAAGAUAGAAUGAGGGGGUCCAUUGAUCAGGUAGAAGCAGUUAUCCAUUUUGAGGAUGAUAAUGAAGAACUUCAGCAAUGGGAUCAACAGAUUUUUGGACUUUGUCAAGCUUUGAAUGAUGUUCUCGAUAGUAUGGCCAAGAAGGGGUUGGCGAUUCCUGUCUGAUUCGUCAAUGCCUGCUGAUUAGUAAGCCGUCUCGUCAAUCAUUCUGUUUUUGUAAUUAGCUUUCUUCGAUCUUUUGAACGAUCAUGACCCGUUUUAUCAAUCAGUUUAUAACACUAGAAUUGACAUUCGACAUUGUUUUGUUUCACGGUUAUGCUUUUAGUGAUUCACUUGGGUUUAAGCGUUUUAUCUACA